UAAAUUCGAUUUUAUUUCUUUGUAUUAAGUCCUGUCUCUUAAAACGUAGUGAUUAUAUUCUCUUUGAUAAUAUCAAUAUCACAAAAUUUCACCAAAAUACAGUAAAAAUGUUUCGAAAUCACACUGAUACAAUACGAACAGCGAUGAGAAUUAAAGUGAAACAAGCCGUGACCGACGAUCGUUAUAAAUGUGAUAUGUGCGAUACAGAAUGGCUUACAGAAACCGAUGUAGAAAUACAUCGAAAGAAAGCACAUAUAAAUAAAUUAUUAUUGAUGAUUAAAAGCAAAGACUACAACAUUUGCUUGACAUGCGUCCGAGACCAGGGCACACCAGAAGGCCUUCUACGCCACAUAAAAACCGAACACCUACUAACCUCGCCCACAGCUCACAGAAUAGAAAGAGAGAUCUUCAUCUGCGACCACUGCAACCACAUAUUCUUCAACAAGAUGAUGCUCAUAGCUCACAUACAAUACAUUCACGGAACAAAAAUAUCCAAAAACAACUACAUCUCUUGCCCAAAAUGCUACAAGCGUAAAAAUGUAAAGAAACUGUGGUUCCACUUUGCCGUUCACCAGAUGAACAUGAUAUCCACAUGUCAGAUAUGUUUUGUCGAUUGCAGAAACACGAGACGGCUAAAAGAGCAUAUGAGAACCCACACGGGUUACUAUUAUUGUGAGACGUGCAAUUUCACUACAAACAAGGAUAAGUAUUUUGAGAAUCAUGUGUUGAAGCAUAAGCACAGGAACGCGUUCCCCAGGAAUGUGGAGCCGAGGAAAUAUUUUGUUCCCGGACCGUUUCUGGGUUUGUGGAAAUAUAAAAGGGAGACUGGUAUAAAAGGGUUGCAGAUUCAUGACGUGUUUAUCUGUGUGUUGUGCAGAGAGAUAUGUGCGUCUAAAGGCGAUAUGCGAAGUCAUAUCUUCGUGGACCACGCGCCUGAAACAAUUGCUAAGAAGAAGCUGUUGUGCUCGUGCGGAGAGGAAUUUUUCAAUACAGUACUGUUGAAACAUCACGUUUUUAAGAUGAAAGGAGAUCACAAGAUUGUCGAAAACGUUGAUGACAGUGACUUUGGGAGACUUUUGGCCGAAGAAAAGAACAACGCGGAGGAAAAUGUGCAAAAUGAUUUUAUUAAUAAUUAUGAAAUAGUAUUAGACGACACAUCGGACUCUGCCGAAAUAGUUCCAUUGGAAGAUUUCGCCGAAGAGUCUGGGAAUGCAUACGACAUACCUGAUUAAUAUAUAAGUAUUAGUUUAAGUAUAUCGGGUGUGGAUUGGUAAUAAUACUAUCUAAGACAAAAAAAUAUU